AUGUUUCUUGACAAUGUCUAUGACAUCGAUGAGCUUUCCCCUGAUGAUCGAACUCUGUUUGCACAGAAGUAUCGGAAAUAUCUCCACCAUGUAGCGCGAGCAGUAAUAUGGACCACCUACAUCUACUUUGCAGUGCGGCUGUUCUUUGUCUUAAUGACGCCGGAGCAAACAUGGAAAAUGUGGACAAUGCUUGGAGUUGAGGGACUGUUUGCUCAGCCAAUCGAAAUCAUCCUCGACACAGUCCGGGCAGCAUGUAGCCUAGACUACCCAACCUCCCGCUUCCGAGUCCGACUUCUAGACGACGGAGCCUCAAAUGACCUGCACGACGCAAUCGCAAAACUCACCACGAGAUGGCCACACUUAUCCUACCACACCCGCGGCAAGCAAUCCGGACAAUCAUUUGCCAAAGCAGGCAACCUCAACUACGCCCUAUUCUCCCUCCAAACCGAAGACCCACCGGAGUUCUGCACAGUCGUCGACGCAGACUCCAUCCUCCUGCCGGAAUUUCUACGCGCAACGCUGCCACAUCUACUCGCAGACCCGAAGGCAGCAUUACUGACCACGCGACAGUAUUUCUAUAACCUACCCCGCGGCGAUCCCCUCUCCCAGUCGCGCGCUUACUUCUACACGUGCGAGAAUGCGGAACUCAAUCUCCUCGGCCACGCGCUAGAUGCGGGAUCGGGUGCUGUCUUCCGUCGCGAUGCGAUUCUCGAUGCAGGUGGAUAUCCGAUCUAUUCUUUCUCGGAGGAUUGGCAGCUGUCGUUGAUUCUGCGAGGGUUGGGGAUGCGCACGAUGCAGGUACAGGAGGUUUUGCAGUUUGGGCUCGUUCCUACUUCGCUUGCUGGGCAUCUUAAACAGCGGAAUCGGUGGCAUAUUGGACACUCUCAGCAGGUUUCGGUUUUGUUUCCUUCUGUUAACAAGGCGAUUCCAGAGCAUCUGCGUUGUGAGAUUGCUUUUGGGGGAUUGUCUAUUAUGGCGGGACUUGUGAGCUAUUCGGUUGGUUUUGUUGCUCUGCCUUUUCUUCUUGUCUCCGAUGGUGGGUUUAUUCCUGCUGGAUCGGCGUUGGAGGUUAAGGUUCAGGUUGUUCUGGCUACCGUGCAUGUUGCAGCUACGUGGGCAUAUGAUUGGGCUCGCAGUGCACAUGCGGGUGUUCCAUUUGUGCCUUUUGCACAUGCAGAGAAUAGUUGGCUUGCUACUGGUAAGUUUGCGGGUUUCUACAUGUCCAAUGAGCCUGAAGAUCGAUCCUAA